AUGGCAACUUGGGACAGUCGGUCGUCUCGUCGGCCGCCUGACAACAGAGUACACGAAUUGUAUACCGAGUCUAAAGAGGAGGCCAACGCAGAAGGUCAGCACAAACUCAACCCUACCGACGAUGAGUCGAUAUUUCUGGCAGAAGCAAUAUCUGCACACCCCACCCCAGGGUCGUCUUUAUGCCUGCCUGUAUACCUGUUAUCGGAAUGCCCAUUUGUCGCUCGUCCGGCCGGGCCCACGGCUCAACGCUCUUUAUCGACUGGGUCGGAGACAAGCGGCUCCAAUUUCUGUAGUUGGGUUCACAUGACCGAAGCCGGACGGUAA